AGCCUUUAAAAUAACCCGACAGAUUAUGAGUGGGAUGAACUUUAGUGUGUGGAGUCCUUCAUCGAUUUGGUGAAUGUCGCAAUUCCUUCGCUUAAUGUUGUUUCUCAUAACGGAUUUAAAAUGACAUUUGAUGGUCGACAACUUCCAUGACGGCCUCUUUGCUAAUAAUUAAGAGAUAGAUGUAAUACAAUGGCCACAGUUUGGAAGUACUUAGUGGUACCACUGACAGUACUUCUGAUUCUGUGUUACGCUGUGCUAGCCGCCUACCCGGACCUUACGGGGAAAGUUGCCGCCGGGCAAACACUGAGAGUCGACGGGGACAUCGUGCUCGGGGGCCUGUUCCCCAUCCACGAGAAAGGUAAGAAUGAGAGUAUCUGUGGAGAUAUUAACCAGGAUCGUGGUAUCCAGAGACUGGAGGCUAUGCUUUUCGCAAUUGAUCUGAUCAACAACGACACGAAUAUCUUGCCCGGAAUUGAAAUCGGUGCCGAGAUCCGAGACACGUGUUCCAGCGACACGUACGCGCUGGAGCAGUCUCUGGAGUUCGUCCGGUCCUCCCUGACUACGGUCACUUUGACUUCGCCGGAGUGUCCACCGGAACAUGUGCCUGUUAAUCACACCGCUAAUCCGGGAGUCGUGGCCGGAGUGAUAGGCGGUUCGUACAGUACUGUGUCCAUCCAAGUGGCCAACUUGCUCCGGUUGUUCCAGAUUCCGCAAAUCAGCUACGCAUCGACAAGCUCGGAGCUCUCAGACAGGAAGAAGUUUGAGUAUUUUGCAAGAACUGUCCCACCUGAUAAGCUGCAGGCGAAAGCUAUAGCAGACAUUGUGGCUUCUUUCGGUUGGACGUAUGUCUCAACGAUCGCCUCAGAGGGAAACUACGGCGAAUCGGGAAUCUACGAGUUCCAGAAAGAAGCAGCAUUGCGAAAUAUCUGUAUAGCGAGAGCAGAGAAGAUACUCUCUUCGGCAGACUCUCAAACUUACGAUAAAAUCAUCACGCGGCUGAAGAAGAAACAAAAUGCAAAGGUUGUGGUGUUGUUCACAAGGGUAGAGGACGCCAGGGACCUCUUGAGCGCCGCGAUGCGAGCCAAUCACAGCGAAAGUUUCAUCUGGCUCGCCAGCGAUGGAUGGGGUGCACAGGAGACCCCCGUUAAGGGUAGGGAAAUCGUUGCUGAAGGAGCGAUAACUAUCGAACUACAGACUCGAAAGAUCAGACAAUAUGAUAAAUAUUUUCUCAAUCUUAAUCCCACGAACAAUGCACGGAACCCAUGGUUUAAGGAGUUCUGGGAACAGAAGUUUAAAUGUACUCUCCCGCCGGACGGCACGGGGAAUGCAACCCCUGCUGAAUUGAGGUGCCUGGAAAAAAGCCUCGACGACGGGUCGCAUCUUCAGGAGAAGAAGACACAGUUUGUGGUGGACGCUGUGUACGCGCUCGGGAACGCGCUGGAUCGCAUGCAUCGCUCAAUCUGCAACGAGACUUCGGAACUGUGCGAAGGGAUGGUGCCUAUCAACGGACAACGACUGUUUAAGGAAUACAUCUUGAACAUAGAAUUUCAAGAUAUAGUUGGGUCUCUAGUCAGCUUCGAUGAGAAGGGCGAUGGUUUGGGCCGCUACGACAUCUUCAACUUCCGGCGUGGUAGCGACAACCAUUACAGUUACGUCCGAGUAGGGGAGUGGCACGGGGAGCUCGGGCUGGACCCGAACUCAGUUCAAUUCCACCCAUCGGUUCCGGUUCCAUCGACAGCUGAUCUGCCCAUGUCACAGUGUAGUCUUCCCUGUAAGCGAGACGAGAUUAAGAAACUACAGGACGACGACGAAGCAUGUUGUUGGUUCUGCUCGGCCUGUAAGCCCCACCAGUUCGUCAAGGAUGAGUUUACAUGUACGGAUUGCGCGCGUGGCUACUGGCCGCUCAGCAACCUUAGCGGCUGCUACAAACGCAUGGAGGAAUACAUGGACUUCGCCUCCCCCUGGAGCAUCAUACCUGUGGUGUUCUCCCUGCUUGGGAUCAUGGCGACUUGCUUCGUCGCUAUUGUGUUCGUAACCCACAACCAAACGCCGUUGGUCAAGGCGUCGAGCAGGGAGCUCAGUUACAUCUUAUUGCUUGGGUUCGCCUCCUGCUACGCCAUGACGUUCCCGAUUCUCGCAAAGCCGUCCGAGACAACGUGUUCUAUACAGAGGAUCGGCCUGGGGCUAUCGUUUUGCGUAUGUUACUCGGCACUGCUAACAAAAACCAAUAGAAUUGCUAGGAUAUUUGAAAGUGCUUCUCAUUCAGCCCAAAGGCCGAAGUACAUCAGCCCCAAAUCGCAGCUGGUCAUUUGUUUCGUUCUGGUCAGUGCCCAACUAUUCGGGGAACUUAUGUGGCUCAUCGUGGUGCCGCCGGGAGCCAGUGUGCAACUGUCAAAGGACCGGUAUCACGUUAUACUCAAAUGUAACAUAACCGAUACAUCAUUGGUGGUAUCUCUAGCGUACAAUAUGUUUCUUAUCAUAUGUUGCACUGUUUAUGCAUUUAAGACACGGAAGAUUCCGGAGAACUUCAACGAAGCCAAGUUUAUCGGGUUCACCAUGUACACCACGUGUAUAGUGUGGCUGGCGUUUGUUCCACUUUAUUUUGGCACAACCGGCGAUUUUAGGAUGCAGAUAACGACCCUAUGUAUCACAGUCAGCAUGAGCGCCACGGUGGCCCUAGCGUGUCUAUUCACUCCAAAAGUAUACAUCAUUGUCUUUCAACCAGAGAAAAACGUCCGGAGGCUGAACACUACGUCCACCAGACGAUCACACUACGAUGCACCGCCUCGUGACAUGGUCAACAAUCAUGGUCAAUACCCACGAGGAAGAUACAUCAUGAGAUUUAACAACCAGACGACACAGUACGACAGCCAAGAUACGGAGGCCGAGACGAGCCAAGCAUUUUUGUAGUCACGUCUUUUGUUUAAAAUUAUUGGUAAAACAGAGUUGCACAUUCAACACGCAAUAGAUAGUUAAACGUGCAUGUUGGUAUGAAAGCUCAAAAACAACGACGACUAUUUUGUCUCUGUUUUCUUGUAACUGUUAUUUAAACAAUGGAAUCUACGAAUAUGUUAUUAAUAAUUUGACACGAUGAUAUUUGAGUUACAGUUGUUCAGAAGCAGUUUAAAGGACGUAUUUGUACACAAGAAGCUUAUUACAAUACACCUAAAGUCAGAGUGGAGUAUUUCCUUAUUGCGGAACUUGUUACUGUAAAAUCUUAGAAGUAGAAGAAAAAAAACUAGAAACCUUUAACAUGGUGCAGCCAUCUUAUGUCCCCUCACGUUAAAACAAAACCGAAACCGGACUCCGAAUGCACACAUGCCACGGGGCAAUGCCCUAAUAUUAUUUGCACGUUUGGUACAAAAGACUUUUGACCUUCACUGAGGUCUAAAAAGACAGUGAUUUAUUUGAAUAAAAAUAAAUCAAUAUUGUCAUCACUGUUUAUACCAGCAAGGUCUCAAACUCUUAACGCCCGUAGACACAAAACUUGCAAAGCACAAGUAUUGCUAACAGAAAUAGAUUACCACUCAUAUUAAACAAGGUUGACAUUGUAGUGACUGGUGCCCCACUCAAAUGUUGCUUAGCAAAGUAAUUUGCCAAGCAAUGUGGGCACAGGGUCUAAUUCCAUUAAGCUUAGUAUAACCAACUUGCUAGGCACAAAACAAUCUUGCUUAAAAGAAACUGAUAACCACUCAAAGUGUCGAUAAGGUUUGCAUUGUUGCAAUAUUGUGCCCCACUCGCUUGUUGCAUAUAGUAAAGACAAUUGCCAAGCAGUUUUUUCUAUACACCCAACAGCUUUAUGGUAUAGGGUCCACGUCUCUACCAUUAGUUUGUACUAUGGUGCCUUUGUCUCGGUUUCGAAUCAACCCCGACCCCACCCCACUAAACUCACCUCUCCCAAUAUGUAAAGGGUCUUUGUCCUGGCAUCCCCACUCCUCAUGAGUUGGCCUCGCUCUCGAUCUGGUUCCUAAGUGUCGAGUAAGCACUGGUAGAAGUUAUUAUGCAAAUUGCUACCCGAUCGUCCUAGGGGGAAAACAAUCAGCUGAUUAGUAACUUUUCCGUAAUAGGAAGUGAAAUCGGAUAGUGAUAUGGUUUGGGGGCAUAGGUUUUAGUUAGAGUCGAUUUUAAGUCACUGGAUAUUACAAAUUAUUGAAACUACUCCAAACUCUAAUCAUAGUUGUCGGGCAGUACCUUCUUCUCUAUUGGUGUUGUACCAUCAAAUCAGAAAAAGUGUUUUAUUUAUUAAUUUAUGUUAAAUAGAUUACAAAACAAAACAUUUCUUUCUGUAUCACAGCAUAUCUUUGCAAAAGAUAAGCUGAACGGACCUACUAGAGUUGCUACAAAGCCUCGUGUGAUUAUUGACACGCAACAUUGUUUGUAUCUUCAUUUUACAUUAUGCCAACUAAUAAGCAUGAUAAAGGAACACGUUGCCUUGGAUCGGACGAGUUGGUCUUUGAAAAGCGUUUGAAAAUGUUAUGAAAUACACAAGGUUACACAGUUAUUUGAAAAGUUAUUUGAAAAGUAGGAUAUAAUGAUCCACACAAGUAUCACUCGAAAUUGCGUCGCGAACUAGUACGAUCGGCCAUUUUAUGCUGUCAAAACUUGGACUCCACACCAAUUGGCCGACCGUGUUUCUUCGCGACGUAAAAGGAAAACCGUGCAAUUUCGAGGCAUGUUUGUGUGGAUCAUUAUGUUCUACUUGUAAAUUAUCUAUCUAACCAUCUAACGCUUUUCAAACACGAUCUCGACCAAUCCAUGGCAACGUGUUCCUUUAAAGUGAACCAACAAACCAAUGCGUUUGAAAGGAUUUUGAGGAUAAUUCAUGUCAAGGGUUUCUUCUGUCACAACCCAUGCAGUGGCUCAUUUUAUUAAAUAGAAAGGUACUCAAUUAAAAGUUUGUAACAACUUAAUCCGUGGAAAAAUACCAAGGUUUCAUCAAUCUUUUUAAAAGUUAGUUUAGAAUGCCCUCUUUUUGUUUGACUCGAUCCACUUAUGAAUACGAGCAGUUUUACGUUGUUUAUUUGUAGUUUAUGAUGAAGCAAACAAAGCAAGAUGCUGUUGGAACGCCGGUAAAACCACGGCGCAGCCAGGCAAUUACGUAAUGUAUGCAUCUUUUCGUUCAGUUUUAUUCGGAAAUUUAGAAUUCAAAAGGUAGUAAACAUUGUGGAGUUCAAACAAGGACCUGUUUUUAAAAAGUCGGCUACAUUUAUAAUGAUGCGGUUUGAAUUACGCUUCGCCUGCAUGACUUAUUUGGGUAACCUGAUGCACAUAACCUACGAUACGUCAUUAAAAUCCAACCAAUAAGAAAGUGUUCCAAGCACAUACGUAUGAAUUAUGCAAAUUUUACCAGUCAGUACACAUCGGGGGCACUUCUUAUUACCACGCACUAACCUUUUUAGAAUUUUAAACAAAUAGAUUCAGUUUAAAAAAAAACAUAAACAGUAUGACAGACGGACAUUAGUUCAUUAGAAAUGAUUAAAAAUCCCGUACAGUGAUGUCAUUAUCAUGAGUGAUGUCACUCAUAACUCGCUUCGGUGACCCUUCGUCGGUCCUUGUCGUACCAGUGAUUUGCCCAGUGGUCGUCUCUUACAAAUCAAUGAGUAAUAAGAUAAUUAGUACAGACUCUUAAGGCACUGGACACUAUUGGUAAUUACUCAAAAUAGUUGCUAGUAAGCAUCAAACGUACUUGGUGACGAGUAACAUAGAGCUUUUGGUGACACUUUAAGAUAAACGGCUCCCUCUACUGAGAGGUGGCAAUUGUUCACUUAAAAUUUGUAUUCACGUAAAAGACUCCAGGCCUGCAGCCUUUUUUAGGCAACUAACAAAAAUUGGUCAAACAUUGUGAUUUUGUUGCUUCAUUAUUUUCUUGAAACUUCGAUGUCCAAUUCAGUCCAAAUGUUCACAGAUUUCUCAUAUUUAUUAGCAUAUGCUGGGAUAAACCCAGUGAGAAUACUGGGCCUUGACAAUUACCAAAGGUGUCUAGUGCCUUUAAGUGACAGUGACAUUGACAACACAGAAUACGACGAUGACACAGACAGUGACAAUGUUUCUUGCAAUUGUCGAUGAUUGUCGAUGAUUGUCGACGAUUAUAGACAUACGGGUUGUUAACAUAGGCUGAAAAUGCGACAUGCGACAAGUCGAGUUAACGUUUUAAAAAAAUGGGAUAACUUAUUAUAAAGAAAUUUAUCUCGCAACAUUUUUAAUGUUUUUAAAUUCGUUAUCUGUUCUGUUUUGGUGAAGAAAAUAUGCAUCAAUUGCAACGACAUUUGAUGUGACUUUUAAAAAUCAAAACACAAAACAUUGUAACUUGUUAACAUUGUAUCCCUAUACAAUUUUUUAAACAACCCUAUUACCGGUAAUAGUUAUGUACAUUAAAUGUAAUAUUGUAUGAAAUUUAA